AGCCAUAGCCCGGCUCAAAAACCAGCCGGAUCUGCUUGCUGCUCCGCGCGGCUGCGCGUGGGACAGCCAGGCGCCUACCGAACUCUUCCAUGAGGCGGGCCGCGCUGAGGAUCGCACUGUUGAUCCUGCCGUGCCUGCUAUGUGCGGAGGAGUGCAACGAGGACGUGGCUUUACUGCAAGCGCUGCAGCCAGGCAAGCCGACAGAGACUCUGAAUGUCACGACUCCGGACCCGCACGACGCACAGAGCGUUAUGGGAGUACGAGGAAAUUCCGUGGGUGAUGAGAAGGCCUUCCUCAGCGGCUUGACCACCAAUGUCCUCAUGAUUGUUGGGGUCGCGUUCGCUUUCGGCAUGCUUCGCCGCUUCUACCCACUGGUUUAUUCCUACAACAGCCUCAGUGAGCUCAUCCCGGAGAGGGUGCGGCCGACCGAGACGCUUUGUGGGUGGCUUUGGGUGGGCUCGAAGGCGGAGACGGAUGAUGCCCUGAUCGAGGCGGUCGGCCUGGAUAGCGUGCUGAUGCUGGAUUUCAUUAGCUUGUGCAUCCAGAUCCUGAUGCGCGUGGGCGUGGUGGGCUGUUGCGUGCUGACCCCCCUGCACUUGUUCUUCGGCUGGGGGGGGCCUGAUGUGCCCAGCUUGAGCCGCCUUGGCAUGAGCAACGUGAUCAUAAGCCAUCCUUGGCUCUACUACGUCCACGGCCUCUUUGUCGCCUACGUCUGUUGGGUCGUGAAGAGCGCCGUGUACACUGCCCAGGAGGGAUUUCUGGAGCGGCGCUUCAAGUGGCUCAAGCGGCUGCCCCAUCCCAGAUCUAGGACGGUUAUGGUGGAGGGAAUUCCGGAAGCCUUCAAGUCAGACGAGAAGGUUCGGGAGUUCUUUGGCAAGGCGCUGUCUUUGGAUGUGGUGGAGGAGGUUCACCUGGUGAAGAAGACUAAACACCUGGAGUACCUCGUCUCCGUGAGGCAGAAGUUGGCGGACGCAAAGCAGCAAGCCGAGUUUCAGUUCGAGAAGGAGGGUGAGAGGCCAACGCACCACCAUGUGGAAGUGGGCAAGGUGCCGAAGAAGGUGGACAGCAUUGAAUUCUACGCAGAGGAGGUGAAGGACACUGAGAACUCCAUCUCUGAGGAGUACAACAAGAUCAUGUCCGCUGAGGGCACAGCCAACUGCGACAAUGCCUUCGUCACCUUCAAGACUCGGAAGGCCUGCGAAAUGGCGAAGGAGCUGGACUUCUCCUCUGAUGCGGAUGCCUGGGUCAUCAGCGAGCCCCCGGCCCUCGACAUGGUUCGCUGGAGCGAGCUUCGGGCAGACAACUCCACGGAGAUGGCUUCGGAGCUGGUGGGCUAUGCCUGCGUCUUCGGGCUGUAUGCAGCCUUCGUGCCGGUAUGUUUGUCCAUCACCAACGUGGCCAACAGCAUCCACAUGGGGGUCCUACAGCCGCUCUGGGCCUCUUUGGCUCCCACCAUGGGCCUCACCAUCUUCCUGUCCUUCCUGCCUACCGUUCUUCUGCUGGUCAUCGACAACUUCUACCAGCUCAGGAGUUCCUCCAGAGCUCAGGAGAUGCUCCUGCAGUGGUACUUCUGGUUCCAGGUGAUCUUCGUUCUUCUGGUGACCGCCGUGGGCAACAACUUCCUGGCCUUCUGCGAGGAUGUGGCCAAGAGCCCCUUCUCUGUGCCGCACUUGCUGGCGAACCAGCUGCCCAAUGCCACGCAUUUCUACAUGAGCUACCUGGUGGUCCAGUGGUCCACCCACAUGAUCAACCUGCUGCGCUAUGUGAAUUUGGCCAAGUUCUUAGGCUUGCGGGCCAUCUAUCCGGAAGAGGAGGCGAAGAAGAAGGCGGAGCCGGAGGACCAGGACUACUACGGCUUCGGGUCCCGCAGCGCGCGCUGGAGCAUCAACCUCCUCAUAGGAAUCGUCUUCGGCACGCUGAACCCGACCAUCCCUUUGCUGGCGCUCAUCAACUUCUUGAUUUGCAGAGUGGUCUACGGCUACCUCAUCGUGGUGGCCGAGACGAAGAAGCCAGACCUCGGCGGGAACUUCUGGGUCAUGAACCUGCAGCUC